AUGUCUAUGAUCAUUGCUCAAACUCCUAAAACAUACUUUGGUUCUGAAAUUCAAAAAUCAUUAGGUUCUCUUCCUGGAUUACAAAGGGCAAAUCUUCCCGGUCAUAAUUAUACUCGUCCAGUCGGAGAUCGAGUUCGUAUUUUCAAAUAUAAAAGCAAAUUCGAAAAAGGCUACGUCGGAUUUUGGACCAACGAAAUAUUUAUCGUAGAUAAUGUAAACACCACAUUACCUCCAACAUAUGAAUUAAUCGAUCAAGACAAAGAACAAAUCACAGUAAAUAAAGAACAUUUAAAAGAAAGAAUAGGCGAUGUGAAAAGAUACUUCAAACGACAAAUAAAUAAUAAAGAUUUUAUUGAUGAUACUAAAUUACAACAAGAAGUAACAAGUUUAAAACGUUUUAUUGAAGAACAAUUACUUAAUGUAGUAGAUUAA